AUGGCCCCAGGCAACACCCUCUCCACCGACGACGAUCUCAAGUUGUUCUACGCCAUCAUCAAGCUCUCGUCCUCCAAGCCUCGCAUGGCUGAAGUCGCUGCCUUCAUGGGUCUCAAGGAAGGUGCCACACGAAGCAACUGGCGAUACAAUGCCCUCAUGAAGCGCUGCAAGGCCAAGUUCGGUGAGGACGGCUCCGGCGGCACCGCUGAGGAUGCUGCUGCUGCCACUAGCCCUGCGCCCAGCCCAUCCAAGCGCAAGAGAGCCAACAAUAACAACAAAUCCAAGUCCAAGGGCGAGCCUGCUGUUAAGAAGGGCAAGGUGGAUGCCGCGAAUGGUGUAGAGGAGGACGACGUCAAGGUCAAGGAUGAAGUCAAGGAUGAGGAUGGUGUGGGCCCCGUGAAGACUGAGGACACUGGUACCACCAAUGGUCAUGAUGGAGAGGGCAGCGAGGGUGACGAUGAUGUCUAG